UGGGGGGGGGAAGCGAAGGGGCCAGGAAAGACUGCUCCAGGCGGGGGAUAGCGAACGGAAAAUCGGCCAAAAAGGGUCUGACAACGCCGCCGAGCGCUACCAGGGCCUUCGGAACCGCUUGGGGCGCCUUUGGGACCGUCUUGCUUGUCAAAUCGGAGCUUAUUUGACAACCGUUACAAGCUACGGUGACUCGCUGAUUGCCUAUUGGGUGGGCUGCCUUCACAGUCAUCACAGCAGUGUGAAGAAAAACUCCAGUGGAAGACUAACAGGGUCACAUAACGUUGCAUAACAGCAAAGAAGACCCCACUGACAAAUGUUUUCACCACAGCUGAACACUUUUACACGAGUGCACCCAUUAGGACACGAAUUGCUUCCUUGGAUUAUUAUUACUUAAUUUUUUAUUUUUACUCCUCCAUUAUGUACGGAAGCUCCCGUUCCGUCUCCAAACUGGACGUCGUGGCAUCCAACGGUAACGGUUCGGGAAGCCCUGGACGUUCCCCGCGCCUCCCGCACUCCCCACGUUUGGGACACCGCCGCAACGGCAGCAGCAGCAGCUCCGCCAGCGGCGGUCUCACCGGCUCCGGGAAGACGUUAUCCAUGGAGAACAUCCAGUCGCUCAACGCCGCUUACGCCACAGGGGGUCCGCUGUACUUCACAGACGGAGCGGAAGACCCAGUCGGCUUGGGGAGCCUUGGGAGCGGCUUGAACCCCCCGCUGCCCAAAAGUACAAUGACUCUGGGUAGGGCCGGGGCGAGGGUGCCGUACGGGGUGCGGUCUGCUUUCGUAGGGAGCAGCCCCAACAUCAACUCAGGUGGCGGUGGAGUCAUGUCCAGUGACGCCAUAGCGUUUGGGGGGGAGGGACAAGGCCAGACCCCGUUGGCUGCCACCGUGCCGCACUCCAUGAGACAGGUGAGGGAGGGCGCCAUGACAGAUCUGCAGACCCAGCUGAGAGAAGUCCUGAGAGAGAAUGAACUCCUCCGCAGAGACCUGGAUGCUAAGGAGUCCAAGCUGAGCUCAUCCAUGAACUCCAUCAAGACCUUCUGGAGCCCGGAGCUGAAGAAAGAACGUGCCCUGAGGAAGGACGAAGCCACAAAGAUGUCUGUGUGGAAGGAGCAGUACCGGGUGGUACAGGAGGAAACACAGCAUCUCCAGUGCACCAUCCAAGCCCUGCAAGAUGAGCUACGAAUCCAGCGGGACCUCAACCAGCUCUUCCAGUCCGACUACUCCGAGUCGGGCCGCCUCGGGUCCCUGCAGGCCGUCUCCCCACAGGAGAUGACAGAGGAGAACUUCCUGCGUCUCCACGGCGAAUACGAGCGACAAGUGAAAGAGCUCUUCCUCCUGAGGAAGACGGUUGAGGAAAUGGAGCUGAGGAUCGACACCCAGAAGCACACCCUGACCGCAAGGGACGAGUCCAUCAAGAAGCUUCUGGAGAUGCUUCAGAGCAAAGGUCUGUCGUCACGCGCCACCGAGGAGGACCACGAGCGGACGAGACGCCUGGCUGACGCCGAGAUGACCAUCCACCAGCUGGAGGGCCUGCUGGAGCAGAAGGACAAGGAGAUGCUGCAACUCAGAGAGGAGCUGCACAGGAGGUACGAAGCAGCUCCUGAGUCCACCAAAACGAAGGCCCUGCAGACGGUCAUCGAAAUGAAGGAUGCCAAGAUUAGCUCGCUGGAGCGCGGCAUGAGGGAGCUGGAGGAGGAGGUGAACAUGCUCAAGUCCAACGGGGCGCUCAGCAGCGAGGAGCGAGAGGAGGAGAUCAAGCAGAUGGAGGUGUACAGAUCCCACUCCAAGUUCAUGAAGAACAAGGUUGAUCAGCUGAAAGAAGAGUUAGGUCACAGCCAAUCAGAGAAGGAGGAGCUCAGGGAACGGGCCAAUGAGCUGCAGCGCGAGGUGUCCGCAAUGGAUCAGGCCAAACAGGAGCUGAAUCGUAAGGACAGCGAACUACUGGCUCUCAGGACCAAGCUGGACACUCUGAACAACCAGUUUUCCGACAGCAAACAACACGUGGACGUCCUCAAGGAGUCUCUCACAGCCAAGGAGCAGAGGGCCGCCAUCCUGCAGACAGAGGUGGACGCUCUGCGUAUUCGCCUGGAGGAAAAGGAGUCGCUUCUGUCCAAAAAGAGUCAGCAGAUAUCAGAGAUAACAGAUGAGAAGAGCACGCAGCACGGCGAGAUAACCGACCUUAAAGACAUGCUGGACGUCAAGGAGCGCAAGGUCAACGUGCUCCAGAAGAAGAUCGAGAACCUCCAGGAUCAACUAAGGGACAAAGACAAGCAGCUGAGCGGCCUGAAGGACAGAGUCAAGUCUCUGCAGACGGACACCUCCAACACCGACACGGCCCUGGGAACCCUGGAGGAGGCGCUGGCCGAGAAGGAGCGCAUCAUCGAGCGGUUGAAAGAGCAGCGGGAGAAGGAGGACAGGGAAAAAGGCGAUGAGAUGGAGUCCACUAAGAAAGAGCUGAAGGAGCUGAGGGACAAGGUUUCCCAGAUGCAGGCUGACCUUGCAGACCGUGAGGCCUGUGUUUUGGACCUCAAGGAGAAGGCAUCCUCCCUGGCCUCCUCAGCUCUGAAGAAGGACAGCCGUCUGAAGAGUCUGGAGAUCGGUCUGGAGCAAAAAAAAGAGGAGUGCAUCAAACUGGAGAACCAUCUGAAAAAGGCCCAGAGCGCGGCCGUCGAGUCCUCGGCCAACGCUGAACUCUCCGAACGAAUCUCCCGCCUGGAACAGGAAGUGAGCCGUCACAAAGAGGAUGCUGGGAAGGCUCAGUCGGAGGUGGAGCGCCUCCUCGACAUCCUGAGGGAGAUGGAGAACGAGAAGAACGACAAGGAGAAAAAGAUCCACGAGCUGGAGAGUCUCGCCUCGAGGCAGAUGAAGGAUCAGUCCAAGAAGGUGGCCAACCUGAAGCACAAGGAGCAAGUGGAGAAGAACAAGAACGCCCAGCUGAUGGAGGAGGCCAAGAAGAGGGAGGACAAUAUGAACGAGAGCUCCCAGCAGAUAAAGGAUUCGCUGCGCAAUAAAGAGGAGCGCAUUGAGGAGCUGGAGGAGGCUCUGAGGGAAAGCGUGCAGAUCACUGCGGAGAGGGAGGUGGUGCUGGCCCAGGAGGAGCACGCCCGCACACAUGCUGAGAAACAGCUCUCUCGUAUUGAGCUGCAUGAGCUGAACACGGCCGGCUUUAAGUGGUCGAAGGUGGAAGACCUGCUGGUCGCCAUGGAAAAGGUGAAACAGGAGUUGGAGGUGAUGAAAGCCAAGCUGUCAUCCACUCAGCUGUCACUGGCCGAGAAGGAGGGUCACCUGACCGCUUUACGGGCCGAGCGGCGGAAGCACCUGGAGGAGGUCCUGGAGAUGAAGCAAGAAGCUCUGCUGGCGGCCAUCAGUGAGAAAGACGCCAACAUCGCCCUGCUGGAGCUCUCCUCAUCCAAGAAGAAGAAAACCCAGGAAGAGGUGGCGGCACUGAAGCGGGAGAAGGACGGCCUGGUGCAGGAACUCAAGCAGCAGACUCAAAACAGGAUGAAGCUGAUGUCGGACAACUACGAGGACGACCACCUGAAGGUGUCGUCCCCCAACGUGGACGUCCCCAACCACCACAAGCCCUCUCCAGACCAGAUCCUCUCUCCUCUCCUGGAUCUGGACCAGAACCGCAGCAAGCUGAAGCUGUACAUCAGUCACCUGACCUCGCUGUGUCAGGAGCGAGACCCCGUCAUCCUGCAGGACUUUGCUCCGCCCCCCGCCUAUCACCGCGCAGACUCCGCCUCCUGGCACGCUCAGCUGGACGGCAUGACGCGGGAGCAGUUGGAGGCAGAGUUAGCGCUGUGCGAGAGGGAGGGUGCGGAGCUCCAGGAGUACGCCAACCAGGUGCUUCAGCAGAUCGCCGACCGCUGCCCCGACAUUUUGGAGCAGGUGGUCAACGCCCUGGAGGACAGCAGCUGACCAAGUAGACGCCCAUCGGUGUAGAUAUCCACCAUCUUGCUUAAUCACCGUGUACAGUGAGUGUUGACGUGCACACUGGUUUGUCUUUUUGCUGCUAUCUUUCUUCUUCUGUGGUGUCCCCUUCAGGACUCCUCGCAGUCAUCCCUUUACUCCAAGGAAGGAAUUCUGUUGUUUUUGGAUUGGGAGGGGGGUAUAAAUGUUACAUAUUUUUGCUUUUGCUAAUAUAUAUAUAUAUGUGUAUAUGUAUAUGUAAAACACUAACUAAGUAGACAAUUUACCAAUACUGGGAAUCGCCACAUUGUGGAUGAAUGAAUGGAAUAAAAGAGGGAGACGCUUUUGCCUCACAUUUUGUGUGUAAUAUCAUUUUAUGGAUUGGUUUUUUGGAGAUCCGGCUCGAAGACAAAUGUGUCCGCCUCUCGAUGCCAUUAUCUGGUCCUUUCACGUGCACGCCGCGCUUACUCUGUAUUCCUUAUCUUGUCACACCGCUGCUGCUUUAUUUUCCUAUCCUCCCACAAUAUAAUGACAUUAUUCCACAGCCCGCUUUUUUUCCCUAUCUGUGUAGUUGCAGCUUCCUGUUACACUUUUUUUUAACUCUUGCUGCACCAAAUAGUUGACAACACCUUCACCUUAAAACAGGGGUCUCAAACUCGAUUUACCUGGGCAAGGCUGGGCCGCAUCAGGUUUUCAAAAAAAAAAACACAUUUAUUAAAAACAAAAAAAUGUAUAAAACUUCGCUUUGGUUCCAAUUUUCUACAAGAAAAGCUCUGAUAAAACAUUCCACUGUUCUC